AUGGACGGCCACCCGAACAUCUCGAUGCCCUCUCCUCCUCCGCCGCCGAACCCCCGCGCAUUUCCAGCCCACCCGUUUCCCUUCCCCGUCAACGCCAACCGCAUGCAGGACAUGCAGAACAACCCGGCCGCCCUGACGAACCAGCACGUCCCCGAGAACCACGCCAACCAGGCUGGUAGCAGCAACACGGCCGCCACCGCCGCCCGCGCCGCCCCGGACAACAACCCCCUCGUCGAGCACGUCCUCACGACCCUCUCCAGCAGCGUCACGGCGGCCAGCCACCUCCUCCAGACGGCGCAGGGCCCCACGCUCGACCGCAUCCAAGCCAUCAUGGCGCCGCUGCAGGGCUGGUACAACAUGCGGCUGCUGACGUACAUCCACGACCUGGAGCAGCAGCAGCGCGAGCGCAACGACCAGGACGCGGAGCUGGCGCGCGCGGUCCGGCAGCGCGACCUGGCGCUGCGCGAGCUGACGGACCAGCACCACGACCAUCAGCUGCAGCUGCAGCGGCAGCGGGCCGGGCAGGCCGAGGAGGAGCUGGCGGAGCGCACGCAGGAGCUCGAGUGGAGCCAGGACGAGCUGUUCCGCAUGCGCGACCGCUGGGUCGAUGACCACCACCUCAUCGGCGAGCUGCGCGCCGCCCUCAACCGCGCCACCGACGAGUCGGACGUGCGCUACCGCGAGAACCUGGCCAACCUCCGCGCCGGAUCCAUCAGGGAGGCUGCGCUGAAGAAGCGCGUGGCGGAGCUGGAGCAGCAGGUCGAGCGCCUGGGGGGAGGAGGCGGAGAGGACGAGCUGGCUGCGCAGCAGCCCAUUGUUGACGAGGAGAUGGGUGGAGCCGAGGAGGAGGAGGGAGAGGGAGAGAACGAGCUUGCCUCUGGCCAUCGGCAGCAGCAGCACCACGAGGUGCAAGACGACAACGACGACGACGACGAGCGCUCGCUGCGCAGCGUCAAGCGCAGGAAGACGGCUGCGGCCGCACAGAUCCCGCGCGUUCGCUCGCUCUUCACCACCCUAAACCACCAGUUCGACAGCCCGGACUUCGCGGCGGCAGCUGGCGGCCGCCUGUUCCUUCUCGACCGCCACUCCGAGAGGGAGCAGGUCGUCGACCAGCUGGCCAGCACCUUCGAGCCGGUGCCCGCCGCCGUCGCUGCUGCUGCCGCCGCCGCCGACGCCGCCACCACCUCGCAGCUCGCCACCACGCUGCAGCAGGCUCGUGACUUCCUGCUGGCGCGCAUGCAGCUCAAGGUCGACGUCGGUCACGUCGUCGUCGACCUCGUGCCCGCCGAGGUUCCGGCCGUCCGCGCCCUCGACAACCACCUGGCCGACAUCAUCUGCGACCAGGAGCGCGCCCGGAGGAGCAUGAGGUGGGUCGAGGGGGACGUAUUCCCCAACUACUGCUUCCGCGGCGCCAUCGUGGCCAGGCGCAAGCCCAACUUCGACCAGGGUGAGGGCAGGGCCUGCAAGGAGUGCAGGGGCAGCGGAAAGCCGUGCAUUGUGAGGCGCGGAGGACAGCUUGUCGCACUGCCCAAUAAGAACCCGGAGGAGCGGGACUGGAAGGACGCCGAGAUGUGGGUGGGAGUUCAUGGGGAGGGAUGGGGUGGGAGGAGGAAGAAGAGGAAGAACUGA